GCGCCCGCCAUUUUCGAGCAGGGGGAGCUGCUGUUCUGCUUGCGGAUCCUGGGGUGGAGUGGCCUUGGGGCUGCUUUCUCUCCCGUUUUCUCUUCUGGGGGGCCUCGGAGUUAUCGUCCGGGCCUCUUCGGCUCUUCCUAGGUUUCUCGGGACUUAAACUGGGAUGUAAAUUUCUUCUGAUCCUUCCGUGAAGGCUGAAUCCCAUUCGUUGAGGAGGCGUCGGGGGUCUCAAGGUACCACGUUAUCCGCGCCGCAGGUGUCUGCUCACCGGCGGGAAGGAUCGGCGUUGCGGGAGAGCAGCUCUCUUUUUGCCCCAAAUCUCAGUGGGCAGGGACAGCCCUUCGAAAGGCUUCUCGUCUGACAGUUGGUCCGCGAAACGUCUGUCAGCGCUAAAACCUUCAUGCUGAUGUUAAAGAAGCUGGAACAAUGGGAGUGACUAAUCUGUGGCAAAUCCUCGAGCCUGUGAGACAGCCUGUCAACUUGAGCAGUCUCAAGGGAAAAACACUUGCUGUUGAUUUAAGUCUAUGGGUUUGUGAAGCACAGACAGUUAAAAAGAUGGUUGGAGUAGUUACCAAGCCACAUCUGAGAAACCUAUUUUUUCGACUGUCUUUCUUAACAUCAAUGGGAAUUAAACUAGUGUUUGUCAUGGAGGGAGAAGCCCCAAAGUUGAAGGCAGACACCAUGAGUAAGAGGAAUGAGAUGCGCUAUGGACCUUCCAAGAAAGUUGGAGCUGCAAGAACAGGGAGAUCAUUCUUUAAAGCCAUUUUAAAAGAGUGUCUCCAACUGCUGGAGUGUUUAGGUAUCCCUUGGGUUCAAGCAGCUGGGGAAGCAGAAGCGAUGUGUGCCUACCUAAAUGCAAAAGGACUCGUUGAUGGCUGCAUUACGAAUGAUGGCGAUGUCUUCUUAUAUGGUGCUCAAACAGUUUAUAGGAACUUUGCCAUGAAUGCUAAGGAUCCACAUCUUGACUGUUACACAAUGUCAUCUAUUAAGGAGAAACUUGGUUGUGACAGAGAGUCUUUGAUUGGGCUGGCUAUUCUUCUGGGUUGUGAUUAUCUUCCAAAAGGUGUUCCGGGAGUUGGAAAGGAACAGGCUUUAAAGUUAAUUGAGACUUUGCAAGGUCAAAACUUACUGCAAAGGUUUGAGCAAUGGAAAGAACAAUCUCAGUAUGAUACUAAUCCACUUCUAGUUGUUAAAAGGACAGUUCACUGUUCUGAGUGCCAUCAUCCAGGAUCGUACAAGGAACAUGAGCACAGUGGAUGUCAGUUCUGCAAAAGCUCUAGAUACUGCAAACCCAGUGACUCCAAACACUGCUGCCCUUGCGAAUGGCAUCAGUUAGAACGAGCGAAACAAGCAAAUGCAGUGGAGGACAAUAUCAGAAAAAAAGCCAACAGUUGUGAGGGCUUUCCAUUCUCUCAGGUUAUCCAAGAAUUUCUUGUAAACAAGAAUAAAUUGAUCAACAUCAAGGAAUGUCAACGACCAAAUUUAUUGUCUUUUCAGAUAUUUGCAGCUGAGAAGAUGGAAUGGACCAAACAUUAUGCUUGUAAGAAACUGUUAGCACUAUUGACACAUUAUGAUAUGAUGCAAAGAAAGUCUGGAUACACUGAUUCAAAACAACUGCAGGCAAUACGGAUAGUCAAGCCACGUGUUAAAAAUGGAAUUCCUUGUUUUGAAGUCGAGUGGCAAAAGCCAGAACAUUAUAUUGAUGCAGAAGAUGAACCUGCAGAGCUGUUUGUAGUCACAAUAGAAGAGGAGUCUUUGUUUCAGGCUGCUUAUCCUGAUGUUGUUGCCCUUUAUCAAGAUGAAACAUCAGAAGUUCUGAAGAAGAAACAGAAAAGCAGGAAAGACAGACCAAAAGAAAAGGAAUUAUUACAUGUUUAUGAUGAAGUUAGCGACCUUCUGUCUCAAAUGAAUUUAAAAUCUAAAUGUGGAAUUAUUUCUAUGCCAGACUCCCUGUCAGAUAGAAAAACUCCCCCAGAAGAUCAGGCAUGCCAGAGAAAUACAGAAUUAAAAGAUUCAAGGUUAGCUAAAGGUUCUUCUGUAACAAGUGUUCAGAUGCCAGCAUCAGCAGCUCCUCUUCCUCUGACUGCACCACCUUACUCCCUUAUACAGGGCACAUUGACUGACUCAUCUGUAUGGCCAGCACAACUGACUAAACAUUCAGAGGUACCAUGCUUUUCCUCUGUAACAGCUGGUGCACAGCUGAACAAUAUUAACUGGAAAGGAACCUUGUUCAGUGCUUUACCAGCCCAUGGGGGUGGUACCUGUGAUCCAGCAGCUGACUUAACUGCAUGUUUAAAACACAGGGAUCCGCUAUCCUAUGAUACAGUAAGAAGUAGCUCAGAAUAUUCUGAUGCUAUGCAGUCUGAUCAACAUCACUCUGAUAGUGCAGAUGAUUGGGUUUCAGAUGAUGCCAUGGAACAACUUCAGGAGCGGUCUUUAAGUGAGCGAAUACUUAAGAAGACUUGCAUUCCAUCAAAGCCCUUGUUGUCUGAAGAUGUAGUACAAGUGGAAUCUUUGAAAUGUUUUAAACAAACAAAAGAAACAUUGAGCUUUGAUAAAGAUCAUGUCUCUUCCUCAUGUCAGUUCAAUAAACUAGUGCAGGGAAGUAAGAAUGUGCUGUCAGAAAACCGUGCAAGGGAAUCCAGUGUACCCAUUUAUCAAGAUCAGUACAAAAAGACUGAGAGCCUGUCCAAGGUGGUGGAAAAAGACCGUGAUGGAAACAUUUCAACAUCUCCAGCCUUCAGUGGGCAACCAGAGACACUCCAUCUCGGGCACAGAAGUCUUCCAGCAUCUCAAAAGCCAGCAGGUGUUGUAAGUGACUGUCAUAUUGAAGAAGCUUGUACUCAGCCUGCUUGGAAAACUUCUAAAAAGAGCGUGUGUGAGAACAGAUGUUCUUCUAGUGAAGACAGUGAUGACAUGCAUAGAAAUCUAAUCUGUGAGCAGCAGAAAAAGCAACUGAACCCUGGUCAGUUUAAAAAAUGUUUUAAGAAGAAAAGGAGUAACACUGUUAAUAGCAAAAGAACCAACAGUGACUCAGCCCUUGUAAUUAAAGGGAAACAGAAAAAGACCAAUUUUACAAAAUCUGGUAAUAGUUUCUCAUUGAAAGUAUCUCCAAAACCAUCCUCUCUAGGGGAAGUUAAUUGUUCCCCAAGUUCAGAGCAAUCAUUUGAGAGGUCAAGUUCUGCUCCCACGCAAAAAGCUGAAAGUGCUCUUCUGACUUGUGUGUGGACAGACAGUCCCCUUCCCCUGUCUGAAAGACUGAAAGGAAGAAUAAAAACCAAUUAGGUUCUCUAUAAAAUAGGUUAUGAUACCAAUUAACUCUGAACCUUCACUUUUAUCAGAGUUUUUUCCUCAAAGUUUCUGCAUUAUACUCUUAGCAAUUUUAAGUGGACGUGGUGAUGAAUGACUAAGAAAUGCUGUGAAAUGCUGCAUAGUGGUGCUGAAAUUUGAAACCAAAAUGUCAGCAAAAACACCAAAUAGCUGAUUAUAGUUAUUCUAGAGUGAUACAUAAGCAUCAAAAUACAGUGUACAAGGCACCAGGAGGGUUUAUUCAUGAAAUAAGGUUGUUUUUUUCUCCCUGACAAUGGUAAGGUUUUUGUGUACUGCUAUUGGGUCUUCUGUUUAUAAAAACAGACUUACUGAAAUGGUGCCUGCUCAAAUGUGGGAGAUUCUUAAUAAGACAAAGUGAUACAGCUGAUUCCAACUGAAAUUUUCCAUUUUGCUCCACCAACUUAAUUCUGCUACUUUUAAAAUGAGCCUUCAAAUCCUGGUGUGCUGGCUGCAUUGAUUGUCUCAAAGAGAGCAGGUAGAGAUGCACAGCAGAUGCACCCAGCAGGGCAGCUAAAUUUAUAUCUGGUGUGCCCUGUAAUAAACUUUGUUUUACAUGUGUGCAUCUUCCAAAGAAGGGAAUAAGCCAGGUAAGGGGAAAUUGAUGACUGUUUUAAUCAAACAUUUACAUCAUGGGCCAUUUGUUUUAUUAAAUAUUAUGUGAAAUCCCAUCUAACACUCACUUCUACUUAGAAUGAAGGUUACGUUACAGAAAAUCAACAUCUACUGAACGUAUUGGAGAACCUUUGAAUGAUAGACUGUUUGAAGGGGGAACAAUUCCAUUUCUGAAUGUGUUCUUUCUGUCUCUACUAUAGAAGCAAAUCUUUGUUCAUACACACAUCAAACAAAAAGUUGUUUUAAAACAGCUUAUCAAAAUGUACUGUUGCUUACAUUUAAGUGUUCCUAACUUCUUCUAUGUCCUAACCAGAAGGAAGGCCACUCUUACCAAGAUAUAAAGUUAACAAUAGAAAUUUAGAAUAUCAGUGCCUUAAUGAAAAUGUCCCUUCUUUCUUCAUAAAGACCAAGGCUUUAAAUGAUAAAGCUAAAUUCCAGAAACGUUUAAGGAGGAAACAGGGAGUCUAUAAACAAUCUAUAGUUAUCCAAAUCAGUAGUUUCUCCAUAUGGCCACUCCAAAUGUAUCAUGGAAAUGAGAACAAAUAGAAGAAAAAUACUGGAAACUUGUUUUCUAUUUUGUAGAUGGUCUUUAUUCUGGAGACUCUUAACCAGCCAACUGACAUGAGAAGUUAGCUGGAAGGAUAAAACUGCUAAGGAGUAUAAGAGUAACAGUCACCUGGGGACUGUAAGUGGAGAGGCUCCUUAUGGAGUGGUCAGCCAGGGAGAGAUCAGACCAGUUUUUGUGGAAAAAUGGUACUGGUUUUGUAUGAUUCUUUUCUUUCUGAUGAAUUGGAAUACCGAAAGUUGGAAUCAAGAGUUUGAAUUCUCAUUAAUAAAAAUGCCAACAUCAAGUGAUCAGCAUCUCAUUUGUUCUCUCCCAGUGUAUGAGAAUGUGGGUUUUUUUGGUGGAAAAUUCAAAUGUUACCCACAGUGUGUGGAUAUCUGUGAUUUAACAUUUUCUUUAAAAUGUUGGGCAAGAGCAGUUUUUAGAGUCUUCCUUGCUUAUUCCCAAAUCUGGCUGGAAUGACUGCUUUAGUGGAUGAUUCACUGAAAACACUGUGCCAGGAUGUUUUGCAGAUGAUAGAAACCAGAAACAAGAUAUAAUUGUAACAUAAUAAGAGCUGCAGAGGGGGAAAAUACUGUUGUUGAUUAUUGAUACAAAUUAAUCUGUUUUGGUUUGUUUUAAAGUACAGUUCAGGCAUGAAAAGCAGAAAAAUCUCAAUGUUGUUCAAGUCUUCUGCCACUACUUUAGAAGUGGCAACAGAUUCUUACUGCAUAGGCUGCCCUGUCUCAUUUGGGCUGUAGCUGCUGAUUGCAGCAAAUAAACAUAGUAACAUUUA